UUCCGGAGGCGCUGAGCGAGAAGCGGCGGCGGCGGCGCUUGCAGGGCCCGGACCUUCCCUUCGCUCGGCUCUGCAGAUGGUGCGGCGGGAAGGGGCGGCCCUGGUAGGCGAGGCGGGGAAGGACGCACAGCCCUCCCGCCGCUCCCAGUAAGGCCCGGCCGAGCCCUGCCCGGGGCGCCACGAGGGAAGAGGGGAGCGCGGAGAAGAGGUCGCGCCCAGAAGGAGCCAACUUCGCGGAGCCCUUCAGGGAGGGGGCCUUCCUAGCAGAGCCGCAGCCAUGGCACAGGCAAAUUUGAAGUUGCUCAUCUGGGCAGGGUUAUUAAUCAGCUUGAUAGUCUGUGGAUUUGCCCAACAAGGUGGGAACAAUUGUAUAAAAGUUAAUGCAAAAUCGUGUGCUGACUGCAUACAAGCCGGACCAAACUGUGGCUGGUGCAAAAAUUCAUCCUUCCUUCAAGAAGGGGAAUCUACUUCAGCACUGUGUGAUGACUUAGAAAUUUUAAAAAGUAAGGGCUGCCCUCCAGAGGAAAUAGAAAAUCCAAGAGGCUCUCAACAGAUGCUCAAAAACAAGGAAGUAACAAAUCGUGUCAAAGGCUCGGCUGAAACUCUCAAGGUGGAAAAUAUCACUCAGAUACAACCCCAGCAAGUGGCACUGAAGCUACGAAUAGGGGAACCACAGACUUUUUCAUUAAAAUUUAAGAGAGCUGAAGAUUAUCCUAUUGAUUUGUAUUACCUUAUGGAUCUCUCCUACUCCAUGAAAGAUGACUUGGAGAACGUAAAAAGUCUUGGAACUGCUCUGAUGGGUAAAAUGAAGAAUAUUACUUCAGAUUUUCAAAUUGGUUUUGGUUCCUUUGUGGAAAAAACUGUAAUGCCUUACAUUAGUACCACACCAGCAAAACUCAAGAACCCAUGUACAGGUGAUCUUAACUGUACAAGUCCUUUUAGCUACAAAAAUGUGCUCAACCUUACUGGAAAUGGAACUGAAUUCAAUAAACUUGUGGGCAAACAACACAUUUCUGGCAACUUGGACUCUCCUGAAGGUGGAUUUGAUGCCAUAAUGCAAGUUGCUGUUUGUGGUGAAAAAAUUGGAUGGCGAAAGGACGUCACUCGAUUGUUGGUGUUUUCCACGGAUGCUGGAUUCCAUUUUGCUGGAGAUGGGAAGCUUGGAGGAAUUGUUUUACCCAAUGACGGACAGUGUCAUUUAGAUAACAAUAUGUACACAAUGAGCCAUUAUUAUGAUUAUCCCUCCAUUGCGCAUCUUGUUCAGAAACUAAGUGACAAUAAUAUACAGAUAAUUUUUGCUGUAACACAAGAAUUUCAGCCAGUUUACAAGGAGCUGAAGAACUUGAUUCCAAAAUCCGCUGUGGGAACACUGUCUUCAAACUCCAGUAACGUGAUUCAACUGAUUAUUGACGCAUACAAUUCAUUGUCUUCAGAAGUCAUCUUGGAAAACAACAAAUUGCCCAAAGAAGUCGCAAUUGAAUAUAAAUCCUUUUGCAAGAAUGGGGUGAAUGGUACAGGAGAUGAAGGAAGAAAGUGUUCAAACAUUUCAAUUGGAGAUGAGGUUAAAUUUGAGAUUAAAGUAACGGCUACCCAGUGUCCAGAAAAAGGUCAAACUGAUCCCAUCAGAAUCAAACCCCUGGGUUUCACUGAAGAGGUAGAAAUUAAGCUGGAGUUUAUCUGUGAGUGUGACUGUCACAAGGAAGGAAUUGCAGACAGCUCGCAGUGUCAUAACGGGACGUUUGAGUGUGGUGCUUGCAGGUGUAAACCAGGUCGUAUUGGAAAAACCUGUGAAUGCAGCAUGGAUGAAGUAAACAGUGAGGACAUGUCAGGCACCUGUAGAGCACCGAACAGUACAGAAAUCUGCAGCAAUAAUGGAGAAUGCAUUUGUGGACAGUGUGUGUGCAAGACAAGAGACAACCCAAAUGAAAUCUACUCUGGCCAGUUUUGCCACUGUGAUAACUUCAACUGUGAUCGGUCUGAUGGCUUGAUUUGUGGAGGACAUGGUGAAUGUAAAUGUCGUGAAUGCGACUGCUGGCAAAACUACACAGGCUCUGCUUGCGAGUGUCCCCUGGAUACAACCCCGUGUGAAGCUGCUAAUAAGCAAAUCUGCAACGGCAGAGGGAUCUGUGAGUGUGGCGUUUGCAACUGCACAGAUUCCAAAUUCCAGGGACCUACUUGCGAGUUGUGUCAAACCUGCCUUGGAGUUUGCGCAGAGCACAAAGACUGCGUCCAGUGCAGAGCUUUUGACAAAGGAGACAAGAAAGAUAAAUGUGACGAAGAGUGUUCACAUUUUAACAUGACGCUGGUAGACCACAGGGAUAAGCUGCCACAGCCUGGUGACUUCGGGGCACAGACUCAUUGCAAAGAGAAGGAUGUCGAUGACUGCUGGUUUUACUUUACCUACUCAGUGGAAUCAAGCAAAGCCAUUGUCCAUGUGGUGAAGACACCAGAAUGCCCGAGUGGCCCUGACAUCAUCCCCAUUGUUGCUGGCGUGGUUGCUGGAAUUGUUCUGAUUGGCCUUGCUUUAUUGCUUAUUUGGAAACUGCUCAUGAUCAUUCAUGAUAGAAGAGAAUUUGCCAAAUUUGAGAAGGAAAAGAUGAACGCAAAGUGGGAUGCGGGUGAAAAUCCUAUAUACAAGAGUGCCGUGACAACUGUGGUCAAUCCGAAAUAUGAGGGAAAAUGAAAAAAACCUGCUUUGUAACUUCACAACACUGUAUGCAAUGUAGCAAUUUUGUAGUCACAGUAACCUAGCUUUAGGGCAGUACUGCAAUGAAUUUACUAAUUCAUUACCUUAGUUUUGUUUCCUAUGCAGAUUUUUGAAAUGUACAGUACGAUUUUAUUUUUUGUGAAAAGUUUGUUUUCUUUUGUGUGUGAAAUCAGUGCCAGGAGACUGACAGAAAACUUGAGACUGCAGAGCCCGUUCUUUAAGGUCACAUGGUGCCUUUUUGACCUUUCCUUACUAUGACAGGAAGGAAAUGGCUGAAGCAAUCAUUAUGAGGGGCUCUGCCUAGCCAUUAAGUAUUAAUAUUAGAUCAGUUUUAACUUCACAGGUACAUCAGGGCUGAGGCUUGCACAGUUGAUGCAGGCCAGGUAAUUCAUCAGAAACGGAAAAGUUUUCUUGAACUUGUGAACAAUGGAGUGUCUGCCUCAAGACUCGCCUGAUUGGAUACAGUAAGCUGAAUGAGAUGGAAAUCAUGAUGUAAAAGACAAUUUAAUGAAGUCUAAAGUAUUUUCAAUUGUCAAGAGGUUCUAAAGAGCAGAAGGACUAAUAGGUCUGAAACAAUAGCUUUAAUCAUGCCAUAUUUUUAUUGCCAUUGUUGUACAGUAAUCUAAAAAUUUUACUUUGUAUAUUCAAGUUAUGAGGUUUGGUACUCCGAAGUACUACCAGGACAUCAUUUAAAUCAGGGGUGUCCAAUUCUGGUGCCCCAGAUGUUCAUGGACUACGAUUCCCAUCAGCCCCUUUCCGGGACUGAUGGGAAUUGUAGUCCAUGAACAUCUGUGGCACCGGAGUUGGAUACCCCUGAUUUAAAUGCAUAAAGGCCUUUCAUUUCAUUAGGUGUUGUUUUUUAAAAAAAUAUUUCUUGGUUUAAAGCCUGGUGCUUUGUCACCUUUUUAUCUGUUUGGUCGCAUUUUAUAUAAGAUUAUUGUCACAACAACUUGAUUUUUUUCACGCAGUUUUGACUGUAAAUUUGCCUUUACCUUGUAGCUGCUUAACUGUCCAAUGUGACUUAGUCAGAAGAUAUCAUUAUUUGAUGCGACAUGUAUAUUUGCCUUUGACCAUUCUGUCCUAUUAUAUCACAUUCUUAUUUUAAGUGCCUUUGAUUUUAACAAAUGUUCACUUUUAUUAUGGAAGUUAUUUAUUAAAUAAAAGAUUAAAACAGA